AUGCUAAAAAAGCAACUGUUGAUAUCCAUUGCGCUCUUUUUCAGCAUUGCUUGUGCACAGAAUGCACAUUAUGCAGCUCUCUUGAAUGAUAGCUUAUGGUUUUACGAGGCACAACGAAGCGGCAGGCUGCCAUCCGAUAAUCGCGUACCAUGGCGACAUGAUUCAGCACUCAAUGACGGCAAAGACAAUGAUGUUAAUUUGACCGGUGGCUAUUACGAUGCAGGCAACUACAUGAAGUUUACUGUUCCACUAGCACACACCCUUACGCUGGUUUCAUGGGGCGCCAUUGAAUGGCAUGAAGGCUAUGAAAAAGCCAAUCAAACAAGAUACCUUCAUGACAUGCUUCGAUGGGGCACCGAUUGGCUAAUCAAAGCUCAUCCAUCGGACAGCGUGUUAUUUGUACAAGUGGCUGAUGGUGACAUUGAUAACGAUUAUUGGGGACCGGAUACGGGUAUCGCGACACCACGUCCUUCUUACUAUGUGGAUUAUGAUAAUCCAGGUACCGAUGCUGCGGCGUUGACGGCUGCUGCCUUUGCUUCAGCUUCGCUUGUUUUUCGUGACUCCGACAGCAACUACACCGACACACUCGUCUCACAUGCCAAGACUGUGUAUGAAUUUGCAGAAGCUGGGACACCAUGGCAAGUAUACAGCGAUGCAGUAACCGAAGCUGAUGAAUAUUACGGCAUGGGAAACUACACAAGCCAAUUGGUUUAUGGCGCCUUGUGGUUGUAUCGUGCAACGGGUGAUACCAAGUACCGUGAUAAGGCUUCAAGGUAUUAUGAUCAAUUUCAACUUGCUACCAAGCGUAUUGCUAUCAUGGAUUGGAGCGAUGCCACUGGCAGUGUAUAUGUACUUGGUGCCGCAAUCGAUAAUACGACAACCAAAUACAAUGAAGCUGCUGCUAAAUACCUUGACACUAUCAUUCCCAAUGAUGAGGAUGACAAUAGCAGCAACAACAAUGACCCAUGUACCUAUACCGAAGGUGGAUUGCUUUGGUGUGGCAGUGCAAGUAGCUCCAAUUCACUCGUCCCAGCCAAUGACAUUGCAUUCCUUUCAGUGAUGUAUGAUCAUACGGUCAAUGGCCAAGCCGGCAAGUAUACGCAAUUUGCCAUGAAACAACUUGAUUACGUUCUUGGCAACAACCCAAUGUUUACUCCAUACGUUUGUGGUGUGCACAUGAACUCCCCAAGAAACCCACACCAUGCUGGUGCUUCAGGUGGCACAGAUAUCUCCAACAUUGAUAAAGAUAGUGGCAACUCGCACGUAUUAUAUGGUGCUGUUGUAGGUGGACCCGACCAAAAAGACCGAUUCUUUGACGAGCGUAGCGAUUAUGACCAAAGUGAAGUAGCCCUUGAUUACAAUGCUCCCUUUCAAAGUUUGGUGGCCUAUCAGCUUAUGACUGAUGCAGACGAUCCCCCUUACGUCAACAUUACUACCCCUCGUCCUGCCGUUUCUCGUGAUGGUGAUGGAUCAUCAAGUUUCCCUUCUUGGGCAAUUGCUGUGAUUGUGGUCGUUGUCGUACUCUUCCUUGUGGCUGUGGCCCUGACAGCGUACUUUUUACGAAAGCGGCGUGCAAAGAUCCAACAUCAGCAAAGCAUCGUGGAACAACAGAGUGACGACAAGCCCGCUGUUGCCAUUGGAAAUGCUUCGCCACAACCAAAUCCACAAUAA